AACUCCUCAAGCAAGGCAUCGGCUUCUUCAUCGUGAGCGACCAUUUUGACUGCAUCUUUCAACCCAAACUCUCAGAGCGCAUGAUCGAAGCUCUUUUGUGAUGGAAGCGAGCGAGUUUCAAGUCCCAUUUUCGUGCCGUACAUCCGCAUCCCGAUAAGAAAUUCCCGAGCGCUUGUGAUCACAGAUCUCACAAGAUCCCCCCACGAGAUCAAUCCUCGCACGCUAAUUGGCUCGCCACCCAACAGCACCAUCGGUCAGCGAAUUAGUUAGUAUUAAAACAAGACCUCCCAACUUAGGAAAGAUAUUCAACGUUGCAAUUUACAUCCGAUGCAUGAUCAUCUCAUUCUUGCUAAUCAGAUGGAUAUGAUUUGAAACGUGUGAGUUGAGAAAUCUUGUGAUCAUCGCUUUUGGAGCCAGAUCUUGCGGUGCUACGCUACUCCACCGUCGACGAGGGUUUUUUUUCGAUUCUGCUUUUCGUACGAUUAUUUCCGAUAAGGACGAGGGACGUAUAAGUUGCCAAGAUGUGGCAGUGUCUUGAGUCUUGGCUCCUCUGGUUUUACCAGCUGGUUAAGGAUUGGCCUUGGUUAUCAGACAUGAUUUUCUCUCCGAGACUUCGUUGGGCCCUAACGGCUCUGUUGGCGGCUUCGAAAACGGCCAGGACUGAGAGCCUGGCCGAUAUCGACCAUGUCAUCUUGUUUAUGCAAGAGAACCGUGCUUUUGAUCACUACUUCGGUACUAUGCCCGGAGUUCGUGGCUUUGCUGAUCCAAACGUCCAGUACAACAACGGCAUCCCUGUCUGGAAACAGCAAGUCACCCCUCAACAGAGCAAGGACACUGAUUACAUCACACCCUGGUACAUCAACUACCUCGGUGGAACAUGGCCUGAAGCUACUCAGUGCAUGAGUGCCGGGUCCAACGGCUGGGAUGCCAACCAAGCUGCUUGGAACCAUGGUGCCAACAACCAGUGGGCAGUCAAGAACACUCCCUACAGUAUUGGUUACUACAAGCGCGAUGAUCUUCCUGUUCACUUUGCUCUUGCUGAGGAGUGGACCGUUGGUGAUAUGUACCAAGAGUCCGUCAUCGCUUCAACCAACCCCAACCGUGUCAUGUGGAUCAGUGGAUCCAUCAACGUCCCUGGCUCACCACAGACCAAGGACGAGGGUGGAUACCCUUACAUCGACAACAAUGAGACACCUGGCUGUGACAAGAACGGUAUCAACUGUUACCCUCUCAAGUGGUCUACAGCUGCUGAGAAGUAUGAGGCUGCUGGUGUCUCAUGGAGUGUCUUCCAGGACGCAGAUAACUUUGACGACAACCCUUAUGCUUGGUUCGAGCAGUUCCAGGAUUCCAAGAAGGGAUCUAACUUGAACAACAAGGGUAUGAAAGGACAGUCACUGGACGCUUUCUACGCUCAGGCCGCCGCCGGAACUCUCCCUGAGGUCUCAUACAUCGUUGGCCCCAUGCAGCUCUCAGAACAUCCUCCUUACUCCCCACACGAUGGCUCUUGGCUUCAGCGAAAGGUUGCUGAGGCUGUUAUCAACUCCCCCAAAUACUCCAAGUCCGUGUUGAUCGUCUCAUAUGAUGAGACGGGUGGCUGGGCCGAUCACGUUAGCCCUUACACUUCUCCCGAUGGUACGGCUGGCGAAUGGAUUGAUGAUCCUUAUGGUGCAGCCGGCCGCACUGCCACCGGCCCAGGCUUCCGCGUUCCUUUCUACAUCAUUUCACCUUUCACCCGUAAGGGCGGUGUCUACACUGAACAUUGUGAUCACACUUCUCAGGUGUCCUUCAUUGAGAAGUGGCAGGCUGCCAAGGGUCGAGAUGUAACCACUGAUGAAAUGGUUCCCUGGCGUCGCGAGAACAUGGCUGAUCUCGUCAACGCCUUUGACUUCAAGAACCCUGACUACAGUAUUCCCAACCUCCCUGAGGCUCCUCAACCACAUACCAACAGUAAGGGUGUCUAUGAUGGUUCAUCAUACUGUUCUUCUCAGUACGGUAACGGCCGGCCACCUGUUCCCUACACUGGUGAGGGUGCCAACAACGACACCGCAAGCCUUGCUGAGGCUGGUUUUAAACCUGUUCGUGGACUGCUCACUGAGGGUCGCACCCUCGUCCUGGAGUCUUCCGGCCAGGCUGUCAGCGGUGCAUCGUACGGUAACAAGGUGUCAUUGAGCAAGGCGUCAAAGAACCACGAUAACAUCCAGCAUGGAUGGGUUCUUCACGCCGUGGAUAUCGGCGGUGACCAGUUCACUAUCAGCUCUGCCAACAACGGCCAGUACAUCUGUAAGAACCUCAGGCUCUGUAAGGACUCUGGUUCUGCUACGGUGUUUGUCGUGGACUUCAAGCCAAGCAAGGGUCAUUCAUUCAAGGACCAGAAGUCUGGAGAGUAUCUGGCCAUUGGCAGAAAGGAGAAGCUGGGUUGGCAGAAGAACGAGACUUUCUGGAAGGUUUUCAGUGUCACUUACUGAUCCAGAGGAGAUCUAGAAGACAUGGCAUAAGUAACUAGGAAAUAAAAGAAUUCAAGGACCGCAAUGGCCAAGAGAUCACAUAAUAUUUGCUGUAAAACUACCUAUCUUUUCAAG